AGUCAGGUUUCCCUAUCAGUCGACCAUUGUGCCUCAACUUUUGUCUCCAACGUAGACUUGUAUUUUACCUCUAUCUAAGGUUGUUACCGUUGAACGGCUCACUCACAUAAACUCUUUGAAUAUCCUAAUUGUCUACCCCAGACCGAAUUAUCUGGGUUCUAUCCUUGUCUAGACCAGUUCAUCCGAUCGUCCACCACAUUACCUUACCUUACUCCAAAAGCUUCUCCGAAUUCGCUGGUGGUUGCAACUCUUCAACUGCCGUCCGGUCAGGCACAAUCACACCCUGUCAUCCAAUAGAGUGAGAGAUAAAACGCAUACGCAAAGUACGCAAAGAUGGCGUUGACUCUGCAAACCGCCAUCGACGGCCCGGCCAACUCCACGGCCGUCAUUGUGCCGUCCAAGCCCAAUGCUCUCACAGUAACCUACGGCGACCUGGUGAGGGAGACCUCAGCCUUCCAGCAGAAGCUGGCCGCCAUCGGCAUCACAAAGGCCUCGCCCGUUUCCAUCGCGACCGUCAACUCAUAUGAGUUCAUCGUCUCCUUCCUGGCCGCCUCGUGGCAGCGUGGCAUCGCCGCCCCUCUGAACCCGGCCUACAAGCAGGACGAGUUUGAGUUCUACAUUGAGGACGUCAAGUCCGCCAUCGUGUUGGUUCCCAAGGGUGCCUACGCCGCCGGUGCACCUGCCGUCAAGGCCGCCAAGAAGUUCAAUGCGGCCAUCGCUGAGACGUACUGGGAUGAGGCCAAGAAGGAGGUCGCGCUUGAUGUCAAGGAUCUCGGACAGCUCAAGGGCAAGGGACCUGAGAAGGUGUCGAAGGCUGAGGCCGACGACUUUGCCUUGGUUCUGCACACUAGCGGCACCACCUCCAGACCUAAAGUUGUUCCUCUUACACACCGCAACCUGACCAGAACGAUGAAGAACAUCCAGAACACAUACCAGCUGACAAGCCAGGACCGCACCAUGCUGGUCAUGCCUCUGUUCCACGUCCAUGGUCUCCUCUGCGGCCUUCUCGCACCUCUGGCCUGCGGCGGCUCCAUGGUCGUCCCGAACAAGUUCUCAGCCACCGAGUUCUGGGGAGACUUCAUCACCCACAAGGCCAACUGGUACACCGCUGUGCCCACCAUCCACCAGAUCCUCCUCAAGAACCCGACGCCCAACCCGCUACCUGCCAUCCGCUUCAUCCGCUCGUGCUCCUCCCCUCUGUCGCCCACCGUCUUCCACCAGCUCGAGGAGACUUACAAGGCGCCCGUCCUCGAGGCCUACGCCAUGACCGAGGCCGCUCACCAGAUGACUUCCAACCCCCUCCCGCCUGCGAAGCGCAAGCCCGGCACCGUCGGCCUCGGCCAGGGUGUCGACGUGCGCAUCCUCAACGACGCUGGUGAUGAGCUCGCCCAGGGCCAGGAGGGCGAGAUUUGCAUCCGUGGCGAGAACGUCACCAAGGGGUACCUCAACAACGACGCCGCCAACGCCUCCUCCUACACCAAGGGCGGUUUCUUCCGCACGGGUGACCAGGGCAAGAAGGACGAGGAUGGCUACAUCGUCAUCACGGGCCGCAUCAAGGAGCUCAUCAACAAGGGUGGCGAGAAGAUUAGCCCCAUUGAGCUCGACAACGUCUUGACCCGCCACCCUGCCGUCUCCGAGGCCGUCAGCUUCGCCAUCCCCGACGACAUGUACGGCCAGGAUAUCGGCGUGGCCGUCGUUCUCAAGCCGGGACAGCAGCUCAAGGGCGAGGAGCUGAAGGGGUGGGUGCAGGAGAAGCUGGCCAAGUUCAAGGUUCCCAAGAAGAUUUACUUCACCGAGACGAUGCCCAAGACAGCCACGGGUAAGAUUCAGCGCCGCAUCGUCGCCGAGAAGAUGCAGCAACAAGAGGCCCCCAAGGCCAAGUUGUAGACCAGCCGAUUAGUAGACCAUAGAGAUUCGGCCAUGCUCAUGGCGGACCUAGAUGAUUGUAAGACAGUAGAAAGGGGUAUUCUCGUAGACUUCACAUACAUCUGGUGUGAAAGACAUAGAGAAAGAAGAGAGAUUUUGUGUGUGUGUUUUUUUUAGAUACCUAGAAAGAAAGAUAGAAUAGAGGGAUUU